UUCGAAACAUGACUCGUUUGGAAGCUAAGCGCAAAGGAGCAUAUCAAAAUGGCGAAAAGGAGCAGGCUGUCUGAGGCUCAUCAAUUUUUUGAAGGAGAAGAUGCAGAAACGCAAAAUGCAGACACAGAUACCACAUCAGAAAGAGUCAUUGACCUUUUGAAUCAAGCACAACUAGCUUCUACUGACAAUAAAAUAACAUUCCUAAAGCAGGUACAAGAGUUGAUAAUAAACAAGGACCCUACCUUGCUUGACAACUUUCUUGAUGAAAUAUUGAUGUUUCAUCAAGACAAAUCUCAAGAUGUAAGAAAAUUUGUUGUUGGCUUUGUUGAAGAAGCAUGCAAAAAAGAUCCAGUUCUUCUGACUCAAACCAUUGCCACUGUGGCAUACAUGCUGGAUGAUGAGAACGUUAACGUUAUGAAGCGUGUAAUGCUAGCUUGUGUUUCUCUUUACAAAGUUGCGAUUCAGCUGGUUUGCAAGUUGAGAACAAUUAAGGAAGAGAUCCAGGUGAUGUGGAUGGGAAUGUCUGGGCUUCGCCAAGUGAUUUCACGUCUCGUUAAAUCUGAAAAUGAUGGAGUACGGACACAUGCAAUAAAAUUCUUGGAAAUGGUUGUUUUGGUACACUCGCCGAAAAUGCAGGACAGUGAUGCCCCAAAGAAAGAAGGAGACGUCUCCCUUGAUAUUGUCCCACGAAACCAUCCAUUAGUGAAACUAUCUACCAUGCGAGAAGAAGGAGGAAAAGCUAUCGAGGCCCUUUUAUCCCUUUGUGCUUCACCAACAAUUAGCAGUGUCAACUUGAUGGCUGUGAUCACAUCAUUAACUAACAUCGCAAAGCAAAGACCUUCCUUUAUGUCCACGGUGGUGCAAGCCUUCGAGUCGUUGCAUGCAAACCUUCCUACAACUUUAGCAAAGUCUCAAGUUAGCAGUGUGCGAAAGAACUUAAAGAUGCAGUUGUUUGCGCUGUUGAAACAGCCUGCUGCAGCUGAAUUCAUACCACAAAUUGGUACAUUGCUGACUGACCUUGGAGCCACACAGGCUGAGUUAAGAAAAAAUCUUCCAAAAGUCAAUCCAGAUGCACUCAAAAGAUCGAAGGCAGUUGCAGCUCCCGCUGACCCGGAUGGGCCGGAACCAAAACGUGUUAAAACUGAGCCUGCCGAAGAUGGAAGCAGUGACGUCAAGAAAACAGGCCAGAGUGUUGUUGCAACCAUAAAUAAAGCUAUUGAAGUUACCACUAAAGAACUGCUUCCCAAGCUUACUAAGGAAGCCGUGACUGAUCUCGUAUUAGUUAGCAUGUGGUUUUUGCCAAAGACUAUGCCUUCCAAUUUCCAAGAGACGUUUACGCCGAUUGCAGCUGCGGGAGGUGCUGCGCAGGUGAAUCAUUUAGCAAGAUUGUUGGCAACCCAGAUGACAAAUGCCGGCAUAGGGCCUGGGAUCGACUACGUCAAAAAGAUGGCUGAAGAUGAGGCUAGGAUGAAAAAAGAAGAAGAGGAAAAGGCGAGCAGGGAGCCAAAGAGUAUCCCCGUCAUUGGUAGCGCAACUGAAGCAGAAGAUCCAUCAAAGAUGUCUACUGAUUCACAGUUCAAAGAUGGAAAGUCAAUUUUAGAUUCGAGUCCUGAUCUUGGGAAAAUUGCACGACAGGGCGAAACAAAAGCACAAGAAGCUCUCCACCCAAGGCUCAGAAAGAUAAAGCAGUUUAAGUUACAAGAUGUUUGUCGUGCUCUUAAUGUUGACGAGAGAAUGAAGAUGGUUAAUCAAGCGUUUGACAGGAUACUCAAUGCUGAACAAGCUGCAGUAAAAGGGGGUGCUAAGUUGGAACGCAACAAGAUUAUAGUUAAUUUGGUUUUGCAAUUCGGAGGGGACCUGGCAAAAGCAUUGCACUCCUUCAUCAUGAAGGACUUUAGGAGUAGAUAUGACCUAGCGAUGACCUGGUUGUAUCAACAAUUUAUAAUCGAAGAAUCGAAAGCACCAAAGAGUGCAACGAGGAGAGAUUCAAAAUAUAGCAAAAUUUUGACUGACCUACUCGUGGAAUUGCAAAAAUGUUUGGACCCCCGAGACAAACUUUUCACAAGAUUCAUUCUGGAGGCACCAGCCUUAUCAGACAGUGUUGUUGACUUUGUCAAACGCUACUGUGAAGAUGAUGCGAAGUAUUUAGUUGGGUUUGCAACUCUGCGUGAACUGAUCACAAAGUGCCCUGCUAAGAAGAGCACAUGGAUGCAGCUCCUGCUAGAACUAACAACACGUGGGAAGGAACAGGUUCGUGUCCAAGCCAUACACUCUGCAAAGAAACUGCAUAGCAAGCAAGGCCUAAGUGAAAUGAUUGAGAAAUUUGCUUUACAUAGCCUUCAGCAGUUGCUAAGAGACAACCCUCCUCCACAAGAACAAUCUACUGCAUCUUUCGAAGUAGCACCUGGCGAAUGGACUGACGAUGCAAUCAAAGCAUGCCUAUACCUGUACCUGGCACUUUUGCCAACAAAUCAUAAACUUUUUCAUAAUCUUGCCGCUGUUUAUACUGAGGCCUCGCCUCUGAUAAAGCGAACGAUUUCAAGGCAUCUCGAGCAUCCGGUGCGAGCAAUCGGAAUGAACUCUCCUGAAUUACUUAAACUUGUCGAAAACUGUCCCCCAGGAGCAGAAACACUUGUCACAAAAAUUUUGCACAUCAUCACAGAUAAAAACCCUCCAACACCAGAACUGGUUGAACGCGUUAAAGAACUUUAUCAGAAGCGUGUCUCAGACGUUCGAUUAUUGAUACCAGUCCUAAAUGGACUUGACAAGCAGCAAGUUAUAACUGUUUUACCAAAGCUCAUUACACAGUCCCCAAACGUUGUCAAAGAAGUAUUCAAUCGAUUGCUUGGUUCUUUUCAACCCGAGUCAGCGACCGUGUCAAGCCCGCUAACGCCCUCAGAACUGUUGGUAGCACUACACGGAAUUGAAUGUGACAUAAAAGCAGUCAUGAAAGCAAUAAAUUUAUGUUUCGCUGAGAAGAAGAUUUACACGCAAGAGGUGCUCGCAGUCGUGUUGCAACAGCUGAUGGAACAAUCACCGCUGCCAACUUUGUUCAUGAGAACAGUCAUUUUAUCUCUAAAUCUAUGCUCCAGAUUGGUUGGCUUUGUUAUGAAUAUCCUAGCAAAAUUGAUCAACAAACAGGUGUGGAAGCAGCCAAAAGUUUGGGAGGGAUUUGUCAAAUGUUGCCAGAUGACAAAACCACAGUCAUUUCCAAUACUUCUUCAAUUACCACCGAGACAACUAGAAAGUGUAUUUGAGAUAAGUUCCGAACUAAGAGACCAGCUCGUGGCCCAUGUCAAGAGCUUCACUCCUCACCAACGUGCACAUGUUCCAAAAUCCGUACAAAGCAUCAUAGAACGUGAGUCAAACCGAGCAAAAAAAGAAGACGAUGAGGCUGAAAAGGAGGCAUCAGGAAGUCCGAACCCCGAAAAGAAACGAGAACGAGGUCACUCGGAAUCGUUAUCCGACGAUUCAGACUCCGAGGUAGAGAAGACUAGCAAAAGAAUAAAGGUAAAACUAGAUACCAGCAAAUGAUAAUUGUGAUCUGUUAUAUACGGCUGAAGUCUAUGAUAACUUCUAGGCUGAGGCCUUUGCAAAAGUAACAAUUAUUUACCAACAAUGCCCGCUUAAUUUUCACAUUGUACAUAAUACAGCUCUGUCAUUAGAGAGACAUUUUUAUGAAGUGGAGUUAUCAUU